ACCUUCCAGCUUGUGCGCAGGACCGUCAGGAUGGACACGACUCCGAAAAGUGGCAUCCUGCUCUUCUCCAACGACCAGUUGCCGGCGCGUCGGCGGUCGUUCAACUCGGCGCCGUCGUCGGACGGCCAGCCGCGCCGAAAACUGCCGCCGCCGCCCGAGCCCGUCGGUGUCCGGACCAACUUUACAUCCGGCAAGCCCAUGCACGAGUCGCUUCCCGUGACCAACUACGAGUACCACGAGGACCCGAUCCUCGAGGAAGACAAGGAAAUCCCGAUGCAAGGCGACUUUGACUCUCGGACAUCCAACACGUACGUCAACUCGAUCUACGUGCUUAUCGGUGCGGCGAUCGGCGCCGGCGUUGGCCUCGCGCUCACGAACGCCGACCUCAACGAGGACGGCCGCAAGUGGAUCGCGCUGCCCGGUGACCUCUUUGUGCGCGCGCUUCGCUGUCUUGUGGUGCCCAUGGUGUUUGCGUCCAUGGCGGUCGUCAUUGCCGAAGUCGUCGUCUUGAAGAAGACGUCGAUUCUGUCGUGGCGCACGGGUGCCAUCUUCUUCCUCACGUCGUUCCUCGCUACGAUCCAAGGCGUCGCGAUCGCGCUCGUCUACCGCAGUACGUUCAGCUCGCGCACGGCGGCCGGCAAGUCGGCGCUGCCGCAGCCCGAGCUCGCGUUCAAGUGCCAGAACGGCUUGUACCUCAACAUGUUUGACAACGGGUCGCUCGCGUGCUCGGAGCUCCAGCAGAUCAACUCGACGCUGUUUACGACCGUCGAUGUCAACAAUAUGCUGACGGUCAAGAGCACGAUCGCGCAGCUCACGCUCACGCAGCAGAUCAUUGCCAUCAUCAACCUCAUGGUGCCCGACAACAUUUUCGACUCGCUCGCCGAAGGUCAGCUCCUCUCGGUCAUCAUGUUUGCCUUGCCGCUCGGGUAUGCGAUCGCCAAGUCGCACAACGGAGCUCCGGCUGACAACAGUCUCCUCAACAUCAUUCGCCAGACGCGCAAUUCCAUCUUGAUUUUGAUCAACGCCGUCUUGAACAUCACGCCGAUCGCAGUCGGGUUCCUCAUUUGCAACGCCGUCAUCUCGUACCAAGCGAGCGCCAACGACGUCUUCUCGCAGGCCGGCUACAUUGUGCUCAUGUUCCUCGCCGGUGUCUUUAGCCACGUCAUGGUUGUCAUGCCGCUUGUGCUCUUCAUCUUUACGCGCUGCAACCCGUACAACUACAUGCGCCAGCUCUUCCCUGCCUACGUCUUUGCCUUUGGUUGCUCGUCGUCGAUGGCCGCGCUGCCCGUCGGUGUCACGGUCAUCCACCAGACGCGCCAAGUGUCGCGGUCGCUCGCGCAGCUCAUCAUGUGUCUUGGCACGCCGGUGAACCUCAACACGUGCGGCCUCUACUACCCGCUCAUGACCAUGUUUAUGGCCAACUACGCCGGCCUCACAGACGACAUUGGCGCGCCGCAAAUGGCUGUCCUCUUCUUUGUGAGUCUCCUCGGCUGCAUGGGUACGGCGCCGAUCCCGCAGGCCGGUCUGGCCAUGUUGAUGACUGUCUGGCGCACGGUGCUGCCGAGCGAAACGAUCCCCCACGCAUUCGUGUACGUCGUCGCUAUUGACUUUAUCAUCGAUCGCAUCAACACGGUGGUCAACAUCAACGGCAACAUGAUCGUCACGCGCAUUCUCGCCGACCAGUUUGACGAGACGGUCGAGACGUGGGCCCACGACCAAAUGCUGUAAAUGCAUAACCCACGCCUCCUGUACAUUAUAGAGCGUAUUGCCAUGAAAGCACGUUUGCUUUCUAGACCUAACCCCACCAUAUAAACACGUUUUUGAUCG